GUGGAGAAUAUGAAUCUGCGGAUGAUGGAGAAGAAGCUGGACAAGAGAGCGGUGGACCGAUCCGUGCACAUGUGGAAGAUGAGCGACGAGGAAUACUUCAAGUACGCUCGCGAGGUGGUUGAGGACAGUCAGAAGUGGAAUCGUCCCCUCCUACCGAUCUUAAAAUCGAUAGAGGAUUACAAACGUAAACUUCAACUAACACCUCUGAAGCCCCAACACCGUCUAUGGAAGUCAAAUGUUCCAAUAGAGAGUGUUACCCUUCAUAAAGUUGGAGCGCCAACGUCUGACCGUAUUCAAAGUACAUCUAGCGGAACUCAGGUAUUCAGUGCAAGUGAGCAAGAUGGAACAGCUCUUUCGCGGUUUCAAGUGUCAAGCUGUGAAAAAGCUCCUUCAAAAGUGGAGCCGUGAAGAAACUUUAUACUUCAGCGAUGACUGAGAACUGUGCUUGAGUAGCUGGUGGAAGCGCAAUUUCCUAACAUGCGUCGAGGAGAAAACAAGGAUUCAAGAGUCUACUGCGAAUUAUCACCAAAAUCAUUGAUUGAAAAACAAACGAAUUUAAAGAAAGUCAAGGGAUCUGAAUAAAAUAAUUUUAAAACUCACA